AUGGCAGCCGCCGUUCCAGAACGAAUGGUGCGUGCCGUCGUUCUGCCGUGCGGAGCAAAGGGCACCUUCAAAGGAGAAGUGUACGAACACACCGUUCGGGUCCAAGCGGACGACGGUCGUUCGACACCGGGCUUCUUCUUUUGGAUCUUUCGCUGGAUGGUGGACUUUCUCGGAGGGACACCUAACCACAACAUUUCUGGAAGGAGUCGGGAUGGCAUCGUCGGUCGGGCGGCGGCCGUGUUGGCGGACGGUUUGUCGUCGUCCGAGCCCGAGCAGGACGAGCAGGAGGACUCGCAGGAGGCAGUUAUGCCGUCUGCGGAGGAUCACGUCAGCAAGAGCAGUACGAUGACGAAGCACGAGCGGAUCCACAAGAGAAAGGCCAAGAGCAAGCCGGUCAAAGAGGAGCCGGCCGAGCCGGUCGUGGUGAAAGAGGAGCCGGACGGGGAGGGCGAUAUGCCAGAGGAGGAGGCUGAUGAGGAGGACGACGACGAGCUAGUGCGAAAGGGCGACUUCUGCCUUUCGUCCUUCGCUUGCAUAUGCUGGUUGGCUCAGCUGAUGGCCAAAGGCCCCAGAGCCAAUUCCAAAUGGAAUUUGGAUUCCGCCGAAGUUCGUUCCCGUGCCGAGGCACUGCUGGAAGGAAUGCGGGAUUCGUUUUGGCAGGACGUUCGAGGUCGUUCGUUUGAGGUUGUGCAAGGCCAGCUGGCCGUCGACAAACUCGCGACGGCGUUCGGUCAGGACCGUCGACGGCUGGCCGAAAAGAUCUUCAGCCGUUUGGUGGCGAGACUUGCCGAGGCCAUCGAUGCGUCGAAAGGAAAGACUGUCUGGAUGGCCAACCGUGUUGAGUCGCUCGAGCAGUUGAGGACAGCUCGCGGCUACCGGAAGGUCUCGCACGGCUGUCAAGAGGCCGUUCUGCAGGCAGGGGCGGCAGCCGGGCCGUCCAUUGCAGCUGCUCUACAGUCUCAGAAACACUUGACGUCGUCCGUCGAGGAGAAGACCACCCGGAACCGGGACAAACCAGGCAAGUUUUGGGAGUCAGAGCGACUCUCGUACUGCAGCAGCGGACAGUCGACGUUCUCGUCGACUACCGUCCUCAGCGUGGUCGCGGAUGCCGUUCACGUCGGCGACGACGACUGGUUGAACGUCUUCGUGUGCGAUCCUGGCUGCGACGUGUCGUUCUUUUGCCCGCCACAGGUGAAGAAGGGAACCUGCCUCACGGCCGAGAACUUCGUGGACAUGUGGCAGGGCCGCAUCACGAAAUUUUUCCAAAAGGCCGGCACCAAAGGUCGUUCGGCAGGCAAGAGCACAGGCGGAGUUCGGGAACCGGAGCGACAGGCCACUCAGGAGUGGCUGCGGGACGUUUCGCACAGCCUCUCGGCCGUGGGCUGGAGUUGGUCCUCGUGUGGUCCCUCGGCCGACAGUGCCAAGAGGCCCAACGUGAUCGUGCUCUGCACCGAUCAGGAAGCGACACAGUUGGCGGCCGUGUACUAUCUCAAGUUUGGUCGCUCGCUGUUCGUGGAGUUCGUCAACGACCCCGCCCACAGGAGCCAUAACGACGUUCAUCUCGCUUUGGCGUCGGCGGGACUGUUGACAUUCGCCCUCGUCUCGCUCGGCCUCUACAACGUUCGGUACGGGCCGUGGAACAAAGGAACCUGGUUCGGCAAGGUCCAGAGCAUGGCCGACGAAAUGAGCAGUUCCAUGUCGCCCUCCGACCCGCUCCUUUUGACGUUCUUCCCGGACAUCCUGGCCGAUGAGGGUCGUUCGCAGGAGGAGAACACGGAGGAGAAUCGGCGGCUUUUUUUGGAGGGCCUGCCGAACAGGUCGUUCGUUCGGUCCAAGGGAAGCAAGGCUUCGCAUUCUCGCUUCAACAGCUUGUCCAUCGCCCAUUCGGAAUUGGACAGGGACUGGUCGUCGUUCUGUUUGGUUUUGGCCGCUCUGUGCAUCGCCGAAGGCUGGACGACGAGUGCCUCGGCACUCUGGGCUCCCGGAGCCGGCAAGGUGCAGGAGGCCAGCAGUGGAACCAGGUCAGCGGCGAAGGCGGCCGCUCGCAAAACGAUGCAGCAACAGCGAAGCGGUUCGGUCAACACUCUACACGGCAUGACGUCCUUCGCAUGCAGCCCUGACAACCGAUCGCUGGCGAGAACGAUUUUUUUCGUGCUGCAACCCGAAGGUAUUCGCUGCAGCAAGAUGCUCGAGGAGCUCAGGUCUUUCGAUGCAACCGUGUCCACGUAUGCCGCUUGGGCCCACUGGGGCUACGUGGAGACCGCUCGAGAGCACUUGGUUCGUCUCUCGGACCUGGCUGCCUUGCAGCGACUGGGCUUGAACAUGGCCAUGGACCAUGACGACGAUUGCGACGAAGCCGCCCUCGUCUACCAGGACACUCUGGCUCGACGGGUCGUGAAGCUCACCGUUCGCCUGCUUCGCUUCCGGUGCGGCUCACAGCUGCCGAGCACGAAUGGUUGGGGUGCUACCGCCGGGCUCCUCCACGACAGCACGGCCUCUCGCCAGGCCAGUCUCCAGUUUUUGAAGGCGGUGGACGUGACUGUGAAGGCCGUGCAGGAGACCGGGUCUCUCGAGGCCAAGACAAUGCUCGAGGGCCAUCCGGCCACAGGGCCUGUCAUGGGCAUGGUGUUGGCCGAGCUGCGUGCGGCGUCCUUCGUCGAGGUCCCGCCUGGGACGUUCGACUUUCUGCGGCGUUGCUGGGGCGGCCUCUUGAAUUCGAAGUUGGUCGAAGAUGCCAACAAAGUGCAGCGUGAGGCAGAACAGAGAAACGGGACUGCCAAGACUCUCGGCCGCCUGGAAGGGUGGCAUGGCCUCUCGAGGAAGAGGCUCUUCAAGGAUUACGACCGUUCGGAAGUGCCCAACGGCACCCUGGUCACCCUUCCCACAUCGUUCGAUGCCGAUGCCUGGUUCGUUCGCAAAAAGAGGCGAACGACAAGCGGGUCAAUCGCCACUGGGUCUGCCAGCAGCUCGCAGCCCGCCGUGGCGGAGGAGACUGCAGAGGAGGCCGUUUGCAAAGGGGUCAGCCAGGCUCGCUCUUGGGCGUCCCACACUCCCGACUCUGAGCAGGACAAGCUCGCUGGCUUCUCGUUGUUGGCGAAGGUGGUUCGGGAGUCGAAGGACUGGUCCUUCGUCGAGAAAGGGUGGUGGUCUUCUCUGGUCCCAGAGGGGCACGGCCUCGCCUUCCCGGGCUCAGACAGCGUCUGCUUCGUCGUCCGGACGUACAAGCGAGCGGCCUUGGUGUGGCCGGCCACUUUGGACAAGGGUCCUUCGGGCGUUGAGAGACUCGUGCUCGACACAACUGCGGCCUCUCUGUGCUGGGUGCACGUGUUCGACGAGAACGUCGAGGUUCUCGAUCUCGUGACCACGUCGCCACAGCGUGUCCUGGCUGUGCAGGAGUAUCAGCGGGUGGGCCUUUGUGACUUAGUGCGUUUCAGCUUUUUUGAGGUCACAAGCUUUACUGGCUCUACUGAAACACCGAACUGCUUGCGGUCUCUCGGCGAGACCAGGCCUCUGGGAGUGGCCUUUCGUGUGCAGGCCCGGCAGUCGUUGCUCCGCCACCACGAGCUGCACGGGUUCGCGGGAGUGCCAGAGUGGUCUCUGCGGAAGCUUGCCCAGGCCAAAAAGUGGCCGGUCUCGGUCCAGGAGGCAGGACACGACGAAGACGACCGCCUAGCGAUAGUUUGUUUGCUGUCGCUCGACCCUUCGUUGGUCAAGGAAGAAGUGGUCGGCCGCUUGCUGAGCCGCCAAGAGGCCGCUCCCUGGUCGAUCGACACGGGCAUCGACUUGGAGGAGCUCGUGCGGGACACCAUGCUGGCCGCAGAUCAGGAGCAGGCGCUCAAGCAUCUGGCGAACAAAAAGGCCGGUCAGGCGUCGGCCAAGGACGUGCGGAAGAGGGCCUCUCACACCUACGAGCACGUGGCCAAAACGUUCGCUGGUCGGCCGGAGUACAAGAAGUUCCAGGCCCAGCGAAAGGAGAAGGAGAAGAAGGCCGUUCAGGAGCAGAAAGCACGGGCGGCCGAGGCGAAGAGGGUCUACGACGACGUGAACGUGGACGUCGACCGGGUCCUCAAGGCUGCCGUGCCGCCGGGCGUUCGUGUGUACACCGACGUCGGCAGCAAGCCGGCCGGGCGGGCUGCGGUUGAGCAAAGCUGGGACUGGGCGGAGACGUUCGCGGGCCUCGCCAUGUCGGACGAGGCCGCAACGAUCCUGAAGAAGUUGUCGGUUGCAGCUGCAGACCACCAGUUUCAGUGCAUAAGUCAACAGCAGGCCGUCUUCAAGCUCGUCCUCCAGCAUCGGCGUGAAGCAGGUCUGUCAGAAAAACAGGCGGCCCGGUUUCGCAUCCGUGGCAAGCGGAUGCUGCGGACGGCAUCCGCCAUGAAGGUCAAGUGGAACCACAAGAAGAGCAAGGACAUUCGCGAGCAGUUCGGGGCGAUGGCAAAGGCGGCCUACGAGGACAACCGCCAAAGGGCAGAGGCUUUCAAGACUGCCCGGAGCAAAGACUUUGUCUUGUUCGACGAACAGCAGGUGGAUCGUGCCCAAGACGAGGACGCGGAGGCCAUAGCCGUUCGAGUGCAGGAGGACAUCGAGGCCGAUUGUGCUAGGAGGGACGUUCUCGAGGACUCCUGGACCUGGACGUUGGGCGUGCCUUUUCGCGACUUGGUCGAGGUGGGCAGUGGGGUCGACGGACAGGUCUUUCGGGCCACGUUCCAAGGACAGUCGUUGGCCUUGAAGCUGGCCAAGGGUCGCGGGCUGCAGGACCCGAUGCAGCGGGCGGCCGCAGGUGGCCUCGACGUCGCGGAGGAGUUCGCCGUUCUCGGGGCGCUUGGCCAGCACCCGAACGUCGUUCGAGCCUUCGCCGUUCUCAGCAGUUCGCUCGGAAGGCCAGCUCUGGUCCUCGAGUGGGCAACGGAGAGCCUGCAGCAAAUGGCUCGCAGGCUGAAGGACGACCGCCUGGAGACCUCGCCGGCCGGGCGACGGUCGCUGCUCAACCUCUUUCAGCAGUUCGUUGUCGGCCUCUCCUACGUGCACAGCCGCUCGUUCCUGCAUUUGGAUGUCAAGCCCACGAACAUCCUGGUCUUCGAUGGCGUUCGUGCAGCAGUUGCAGAUUUCGGCCACUCGGAGCACGUUUCGGACACUGGCUGCACGGUGAUCGGCAAUCGGGUCUACACCGAGGCCUUUCGCUGUGCGGAAUGCCUCAUGGCGGCCGAUCGGAAGGUACGUGUGACGUUCGCCGGCGACGUUUGGGCGGCCGCUGUCUCGUUGUUCGAGAUCUGUUGCCCAAAAAAGGCCUCGCUGUGGACAAUCCCACCUGCGACGUUCCUCCGGGACACCGAGGAGCAGACGGCCAAGGCCAUUCGGGAGAUGGCCCUCGCUAAGAGCUCCAAGGUCAUGCCGUACGAUGAGGUCGUUUUGGAGGUCCUGAAGCAGACCUUCGUGCCGGCCAAUCGACGGCUAGCUUUGCCAGGCCUGCUGAAGAUCAUCCAAAAAGCCGUUCGGUCAGCACGACCCCCGUGCCGUCUCGACUGA